AAAAAGAGGCAGAACUAAGGCAAAGAAAGCGUAUCUGUCUUCUGUGAUAAUAACCUCCGAGUCUGUUUCCUUUGAAAGUCUGUAGAGAGUUCGAGAAAUGGCAUCUGAAGAUGGACAAGUGAUCGGGUGCCACACUGUUGAGGCGUGGGACGAGCAGUUGCAGAGAGGAAAUGAAUCUAAGAAGCUGGUGGUGAUUGAUUUUGCUGCUUCAUGGUGUGGUCCGUGCCGUGUCAUUGCUCCUUUCCUGGCUGAGCUGGCUAGGAAACUUCCCGAUGUUAUCUUCCUUAAGGUUGAUGUUGAUGAAUUGAAGACUGUCGCUCAGGAUUGGGCUGUGGAGGCAAUGCCAACUUUCAUGUUCCUGAAAGAGGGGAAGAUUGUGGACAAAGUUGUGGGAGCAAGGAAGGAUGAACUGCAGCAGGCUAUAGCAAAGCACACAGCUCCUGCUGCUGCUACCGCUUCUGCUUGAAGCUGAUGAAUUUACUUAUCGUUUUUUGAUAUAUGCUAUUAGAAAUCUGGAUUCUGAAGCUUGGUUUUUAUCUUUUGCUUGAAUGGUAAACUAUUAGAAAUCUGGAUUCUGAAGCUUGGUUUUUAUCUUUUGGUUGAAUGGUGAACUAUCAAUGGUUUUUGCUAUGGCAUGAAUCCAUGUGUUCAACCGAUGCUUGUUUUAUGAAAUAUAAUCUUUACAGUUAUCCCAGUUGCUUUUAACUGCAGCUGCUCAA